AUGGAGGCGCUCACUGCCUUGCAAAGACACCCGCGGACGGCGGCGCGCGACCGUGGCGGAUGGGGCUACCAGCUCUACGCACUUCUGGAGGCGCUGCUGGCCCGCUUGCUUCACAAUGCUGAGCGCCUGCCAGAAGUUUUGCGCAGAGCCGCCAGCUUCAUCUACGGGCCGGAGGUGGCAGCGCAGGUGGAGCGAGAUUUGGCGAACCAGGAACGCCAGCAGCUGGCAGAGGUACUGAACGUCAAGUCGUUUUCUGUGGUGGCGUCCGACGCCAUCCUCAUGGCUAUGCGGCAAAGGCAGUGGCAGGAAGAUCCGCCUGUGUUUGUGAUGAUAUCCACAGAUAGUUCGCCGCAGGGGGGCUUGGACUACAUCAUGUCGAUUGAAGACCGGGUUACCCGCGCUGCAGCGGCAGACCUUGUGGCAGCCGCGGAUGAUGAAGGGCGCCUCGAUGAAUGGCAUGCUGAGGAUCGAGUCUUCACUUCGCAGUUGCCCUUGGCCAUCUCUGGAUCUGGCAACUCGGGGCUUUCUGGGAAGUAUGAAGCUCUGUUCCACUCUGUCAAGCUCGACAUCGGGAACAAGCCGAGCGAUCUGCAGCGCUACUCUAUGGGGUCAUGCGUAAGCUUCACCUCAGACUAUGGCACGGAGAGCUUGUUCACGGAGGUGCCACCUCUUUGUGUGGAGCGCGGCCUUCAGCCGGCAGCGUUCGCCUUUGCCUGCCGGAUGAUGAUGAUGAUGGUGCGCCAGGCCUGCCUGGACCUGGGCCUGGGCGAUGUGAGCCUGAGCCGGAGCGACACUUCUUCGCUAAUGCUCCCUGGCCUAAAGCACGUCUUUGACAAUGUCAGCGGAGACGUUCUUGGCUGGAUGCGGGGCUUCCGGGACUGGCAGGAAAAGCUGCAGUCCUUGAACAUGCUCCUCUACCAGAAGUACUACAGGGACCGCGUCAAGGUGCUCUUUGACAGGGACCCGGUUUGGAAGCGCCUCUUCACGCACUAUGAAGGCGGUAACCUCAUCCUUUGGAGGUGGGGGAGCCUUGUUGAAGUCUGCGAGGCCAUCCAGAAGAGGGAGGGAGCCUUGAAGGCAAGAUGGAGCCUGAGCAGUUUCCUGCGCGUCGGCCACAACCUGCCCGCUGAGGAUGACGAGGAGGGACCAGCUCCCUUCGCGAGGGCAACCGCCACUGCCAACUUCAACCUCGCAGAUGAGGCCAUCAGGUCUCCGUACUUCUGGUGCUACUUGAGGAUGAUCUUGCUUGUCCACGGCAUGAUCAAUGACUUGGGCACAUGGGCUGAAGGGUGUUCCUGUCAUGGCUUCAGCCGAGGAAACUGCCAGCUCAAAGGGCGACGGUCCGCGGAAUGCGCAGCAGGAGUGUACGACGACUUUCUGGACACCACGCUAGCAGUGGCUUCAAGCUUUUUCGCAGUGGCAGUUGCUGGCCUUGCUCCCGAAGGAGAUGAGUGGAACAACUUGCACUCGGAUUGGAACUGCGCCUUUGACGUGAUUGCAACAGAGGUAAGGACCAAAUGCGCCCACUGGCGCCAACUUCCCUGGCUGCUGUGCGGGGUCUCGCUACCAGAACAGGAACACGCCCGUGCCAUUGCUCGCAAGGCCAUUCGCCUCCACGACGACGAGUCAAAGAUGGAUGCGCUCACGCUUGCAGGGCGCAAGCACCCGCUGUCCCAGCGCUUUCUACGGUACUCCUUCACGCCUGUGGAUGGCGACCCUGACGCCGUGCCUUUGAGGCCGGGCGUGCCCAAAGAGAGUUGCGGACGCCACAGUUGGAUCUCUUCGUUGAAGGAGCGAGCAUCAGAUCGCCUGAUCUUCAGCGUCUACGUGAGUGGCUGGGCGCUUUGCGCCUCGUACGGCUUGUGGGCGUCUGAAGCCUACAUCUCCGUGGAGGGGAGAAUGCCGUUGAUCAAUAAGAUGAUAGGGAAGGACGCCGAGGCACUGGCGGUUUCACCAGCAGCUAUUACCCAAAGGCAGCUCAUGGAUAUUGUGUACCAGCGGGCGCUGCAGUUUAAAAGGGGCGCGCAAGCCUCCGCGGUCAUCCCCCAGAGCGACACAGCCAUCUUGCGGAAGAGCAAACGGCACCUUGCAGAGGAAGAGCGCAAACGAGCUUCACCUCUUGAAAGGCACCAGGGGCACAACGCAACCCUUGGGUAA